AUGCGGCGGAAUCGAGCAUGUGACCAAUGCGCGGCCCGCAAAGCCAAAUGCGAUAGAAAAUCGCCCUGUCGACGAUGCAUCAUCCUGGAUCUACCCUGCAGCGUACAGCGGGGGUAUACAAAGCCAGGCCCAAAGGGGCCAUGGGCUAAGAGGAAGCAACAGGAGGGUGCUGGGUCGCAGAAAUCUCCGAAGAAACGCGCCACAGACGUUACAGCUACCGACACGUCCUACAUGCAACGGGUUCCGGAGGCCAGAAUCAACGAUAAGAUUUCAGUUGAUGUACAGCGCUAUCUACUCUACUCUCGGGAGCUAUACCCCCUCUGGCCGGUGAUUAACCUAGAGGAUCUGAUCACCCGGCUCCAGAACGGGGCGGACCUUGCAGCAUAUGCACUUAGCACUGCAUUUAGCGCCGUGGUGCUUGAACGGCUAGCUCAACUUGGACGGACGAUUGAGGACGUAGAGAAUCCUUCAGUUGAAAGUGAGAAACUGGUAGCAGAAUCGGAAAACUUCCUCGGCUUCGAUCAAGCUAAGCACUAUGCUACUUUGCCCGAGGACAGCGCUCAGCUACAUCUACGCAUACUCUGGAUUCUGUAUAUUACGGAACGAGGCCACACAACGCGCUUUGACUUGCCGAGAAUCUUGCGAUUGGAUCCCCAACUUCCAGCGCUCUAUGCUGACGAGAAUCCCUCUGGAUUGCUGCCUUUUAUAAGCAUGACACGACUGUUUCAAAACUUUGGUUUCGCCAUGGAUGGGUUUGAGGCUGACCGAACACACGACUUUUUUGCGGACAUGGAUAUGCGCUUACAAGAGACACCGGAAUUAUUGACCAGCGCUUCAGAUACGCAGCGCGCCGACUUUCUGAUUACCAAGCAAUGGAUGAGAAUUAUCUUAUGGAAACGGGCCAUCUUCUAUGUGGAGCUUUCAGCAGAUACGGCUGGCGGUACCUUGAGCGUAUCUUUUCCCGAGAAAGUAGCACGGAAUGUGGUGGCAUAUAUUCACAAUCUUCCUCGUGGUAUUGUUAGAUCUCACGGUCUUGGAAUGCAAAUGAAACUGGCGGAUAUUGCAAUUUCCUUGGCAGACGUGCUUUCUUGCGCCCCCUUUACCGUGUCCGAAAGUCAUCAGCUUAUGCAGCGUGAACCCGAGACUGCAGUUUCUCCAGGAAAAGAUUUCCGUGGGGCCCUGGAAUGUUCCCUUAGAAAACCCACAGAGGAGGUGUGA